CCGGUACAGGCGGCGGGGGCGGGGCGCGUGUCUGGCGUUGCUGCUGGUUUGCGUGGCCCAGUGACGUCACCCCCAGGGCACAGGCAGCGGCGGUAGCAGAGGGUUCGGUACCCUACCCGGCUCUGGCAGUAGGCGGCGGGGCCAGCAGCAGCGGGAGACGACAGAGCCUGGGACAAGGGGAGAUAAAGCGGCUCAUCUGUGUGCGAGGCGGGGGCCGGAUCAUCGCAUCUCAGUCAUCCGCCAGGGUCUCCAUGCUGCCACUCCGCCUGUGGGUCGCAUAGAGAGCGGCGGCGGGUUGUGCACCGUGCCGGGAACGCAGGAGCUUGUUGCUUGGAUGAAAGUUUGCUCGGAUUUCGGUGCAGGGGACAAAAACAGUCAUGUUAAAGUAAAGCAGAAAGGUGUCGUGCUGAACAUGCUGAGGAGGCUAGACAAGAUUAGGUUCAGAGGUCAGAAGCGAGACGAGUUCCCCGACUUGGCAGAGUCUCCAAACGCUUCCGAUACAGAAUGUGGCGAUGAAAUCCCUCUGAAAAUACCUCGGACGUCAAAAGAAAAUGAAGAGUUAAAGGACCCUGCUGGUUCGGGGACCAUCAUCAUGGCUUCUGGAAUAUCUGAAUUUAACCGGACAGAUGCUGACCGACUGAAUGAGGUGAAAGGGCAUCUAGAAAUUGCUUUAUUAGAAAAACACUUUUUACAGGAAGAGCUUCGAAAGCUACGGGAAGAGACUAACAUUGAAACAUUAAAGCAGGAGCUGGAAAAAGAAAGGCAGAAGAGGGUAGAACUGGAACAGAAAGUGACUGAAGUAGUGAAAACAAGAACAGAAGAAUCUGUAGCACCGCAACCUUCAAAAGUACAGUCUCAGACCAAUGGAACAGAUAAACACGUAAAGAAAAGUAUGUGCUCCAGAGUUCAAAAAUGGUUUUAUGACCGGUUUGGGGAGUAUAUUGAGGAUUUCCGAUUUCAGCCGGAAGAGAACACUGUGGAAACAGAAGAGCCACUGAGUGCUAGACGGCUGACGGAAAAUAUGAGACGAUUGAAGAGAGGUGCCAAACCUGUCACAAAUUUUGUGAAGAACCUUUCUGCCUUAUCAGACUGGCAUUCCAUCUACACAUCUGCUAUUGCCUUUAUUAUUUACAUGAAUGCUGUGUGGCAUGGCUGGGCCAUUCCCAUGUUUUUAUUUUUAGCUAUUUUGAGGUUGUCUCUAAAUUACCUCAUUGCCAGGGGUUGGCGGAUACAGUGGAGCAUUGUGCCUCAAGUUUCAGAGCCUAUAGAACCUCCAAAGGAAGACCUGACUGUUUCAGAGAAGUUCCAGUUGGUUCUUGAUGUAGCACAGAAGGCACAGAACCUGUUUGGCAAGAUGGCAGACAUACUGGAAAAAAUUAAAAAUUUGUUUAUGUGGGUUCAGCCAGAAAUCACUCAGAAAUUGUAUAUAUGUCUAUGGGCGGCCUUUAUAGCAUCUUGCUUCUUUCCAUACAAACUGAUUGGACUCUGCAUGGGACUUUAUGCAGGCAUUAAGUUUUUCCUCAUUGACUUUGUUUUCAAACGCUGCCCAAGACUACGAGCCAAGUACGACACACCAUAUAUUAUCUGGACUAAUCUGCCUACAGACCCACAACUGAAAGAGAGGACAAAUGCUACAGUGUCUAGAAGGCUGUCAGGGCAUGACAAGGUACAAACUGCUUCAUCCAGAAGUUAUGUGUCUUGUGGAGCUCCGCAGGGAGUGAGCAAGGAUGAAGAGGGAGGACGCUACCAUAAUACAAAAAAGAGCAGUUUUCAUGAGGUCUUCAAUUUAUCAGAAACAGAACGGCCUUUGCCAGCUUGUGACACUGGUUGGCGUUGCUGCUUAAUUAACAGAGAUCGGAAAAUGCCUACAGACUACAUCCGAAAUGGUGUGCUUUAUGUUACAGAAAACUAUUUAUGUUUUGAAAGUUCUAAGUCUGGCUCUUCAAAGAGGAACAAAGUCAUAAAACUAACAGAUAUAACAGACGUUCAGAAGUAUAAGGUUCUCUCAGUUCUCCCAGGAUCAGGAAUGGGCAUUGCAGUUUCAACUCCUGCUACACAAAAGCCACUAAUCUUUGGUGCCAUGGUACAUAGAGAUGAAGCAUUUGAGACCAUCUUCAGCCAGUAUAUCAAAAUUACAUCUGCAGUAGCGAUCAGUGACACCUAGGAUAAUUAUUCAUCUUUCGUCCCAGCUUUACAACAUCAUUUUGCCUUCCACUUCUUUAGUCUAUUUUGCAAUAAUUUUACUGAAUAGAGGGUUAUAUUUUUCUGUUACAGAAAGCGAUUGGUUUGUUUUAUAUAUCUGUCUGUUAUUUUUAAGCAUCAGUCCUCCCAUUUUUUAAAACGGAAAAUACAGAUGAAACAGUGAUUCAUCUUUGUGAAUCCAUCCAGCGCUGCCCUCAACAUAUAUUUAUUAUUUUUAUAUAUAUUUUUUUUUUAAUGUAUGUUGAAAAUCAAGAGCUCUUAGUUUUCAGUCCAGAAACAUGAUAAAAUCGUGCAGUUUUGAUGUUUUUGAAACUUGUUACAUAGGGCAGCAGGACACUUUAUUUUUAAGUGAGAUGCGCAAAGUGUUUAACCUUAAUUAUCCCCUAAAGUGAACUGCCAAAUAAUUAACUGCACUUUUUUUUUUUUUUAUAUAUAUAUAUAUAUAUAUAUAUAUAUAUAUGUAAUUUGUUUCUGAAUACUAAUGAAGUAUAAAGGCUCUGGAAGCUAUUCUGCUUAGAAAUAAAGCUUAAAAAUCAUGGGUCUAAAUACAGAGGUAGCAGCUGAGGAUGCUUAUCUGGGUCCCUCAGCUGCUGGGCAAGGUGUAUGUGCCACACCUGCAGCUCCAGGCCCUGUACCACACUGCCAUCUCCCUUGGGCAUUGCGCCCAGCAGAGAAUAGUACGGUGUCUGAAGUCAGCAGGGAGGUUAAUGAGCCUUGUGGCCACUGACUCAAUAAGCACUGCACGUGAUAGCCGGUGUUCUAGUUCUCCAGAGAGGCAUUUGCUCUCAGGAAAUGAACUCUGAUGUUAAUUUCCUCUCUGAGCAUUAAGUGUACAGCAUAUUAGAAAGGGGUGGAAAGAAGAGUUUACGUCCCUGGUGUCCUUGGUGGCCCAUUCAAAAUUUUGCCAUGGAUGCCUCUAAUUCCUAGUUGACCCCCCCCCCCCCCCCUCCCCACAACCCCUCCUAUUUUAAAAACAUUACUGCUGCAUCUUAACUUAAUGAGUGACCUUGUGAACCAGUAGUUAAAGCAGUGGUAAGCAUGCUGUUACACAGUUUGUAUUUAGAGUGCCUGACUAGAUAUUGAUUAUUAAAAUCUAUUGUGCAGGUAACCUGACAUACGGUUAAGGCCAGUAUUACUAGUACUUAGUUUUGGCAAAUGAGUACAGAAAAAUCAAAUGAAGAACUUAUAUAAUUUAUACAGCGCACUUUGCUGUUUGACGUUACCAGCACUGACAGAACCAUUCACUUCCACUAAGACAAGCCAAUCCGUGCAAAAUAUUUUGUAGCCUGAAUGGCAUAAACAGUUUCAAUAACGUUUGUGCUGGCACUGCCCUGUUUAAUAUACUUUAGCCGGAUAUUUUAUUUCAGCAUCUCUACUGCCAGGUCUCUAGUGUGAGACACUCACUAAAAUAUAGGUCAUACUCGCCAAUUACCAAAUUUCCAGGUGCAAAAGAGGUUUGAGUUCCACUGCUCUAAUAAGGUUAAAGGGGUUUUAUAUGUUUUUAGAUUUGGAGGAGUUUCCACUAUCCCCUCCUUCCUCCAGGCCCAUGCACAGGUGGGAGAUCUUCCUCUUGGAUCACCACCAUUUACAAAAUGCAGCUCUUUAUUAUCAUCUGUGCUCGCAUUGUGGUUAGAUACUGCUAAAAAUGACUCCUCAUUGGCACUGUCACGCUUAGCACUAGAUUUCAUAUAGUUAUCCUUUUUCCCAAUACAUGCCUGCACAGUUUAAUAAAGUAUUUUCAUUGUCCUUUCAAUUAUGCAGACAGUAUAUGAAAGCUUCCACCUUCACUUGAAAUUGAUAAGCAUCUUGAUUUACACUGAUAAAUGUGCUGUAAUGGUGUAUCCGAUAUGCAUUACAUGAACGUUUAAAAUAUAUUGAUCUCUUUUAUACUAUUCAUUGUCCGGCUGGAGCCAGUACCUUGUAUAUCUGCAUAUUACUGAGGUCUCGGACUAAAGGUUCCACAUAUGUUGGUAACUUUAUGCAACCUUGUCAGCCUUUUUAGUGUGAUUAAUGCUGCUUUAAGCCAACAAAUAGCAUAAUGUUCUAUUAUUUCAGUCUUUGAUUCCAGAGGACAAAAAAGUCAAACUGUUGCAAUAUGUACAAGGUUAUCAUGCACAUAAGUAGUCAUGGCAGCAGAUCUGUAGCCACCCUUCAAGGAAUAUUGGGGGUAAUUCCAAGUUGAUCGCAGCAGGAAAUUUUUUAGCAGUUUGGCAAAACCAUGU